AUGAAUCAAAUCUUUUCACACUAUGUUUUUGUCCAUGAUGGAAAGAGCAUUAGAGACAUUUUGAAAACAGUGAAGAAUUGCAUCUCUUUAAAGCUGGUCAAGGAUCAUCCAAACUCGUACGGAAUGACUCUUUGCUGUCUUUUAGCUCUGUUAAGACUUCUGACCUCUCCCUAUGAACAUCAACAAGAAUUUGAAAAAGACCAUGAAGAGCCACUAUUUACUGAAAACGAUUAUGAGAAGUGUGAAUCAUUUGCUGAGCAUGGUCGACAACGAGAAGAGUACUUGAAAUUAAGUAGGAUGGUCACAAAAGAAGAAGAGCCCCCCACACCCAAUAAGAAGAGAAAAAGUGUGUCAUCCACCACACAGAAAUCUGCAUCCAAAAAGAAGAAGAAGACAUCCACAUCACCCGUUGCUUCUGCUGAUGUUGGUGUUGCUUCUUCUGUUGAGGGGUCUUCAUUGGACUCUACUGUUUUAAGGAAUGAAAGCUCAGGGCAUUCCAUCCAGAACAAUAACAAGAACAACAAUAUCAUGGACACCAAUAAUGAGGACAGUACUGCAUUGAAAUCUCUACCCUCAUAG